GAACCGGAAGCUUUUCACGCAUGCGUGGAAAUUCUGCCGGUUUCCUACCAUGUCUACAAUGUCUAUGGUACCGACCUAACUCAAGUCAUAGAAAAAGACAUCUGUCAAGCCAAAUAUUUGGAAAUUCUUGGAUUAGAGAUUUACACCGCAGCUUCUUAAGAUGUCGGACGACGAGAUGAUAUUUGACCCAACAAUGAGUAGGAAGAAGAAGAAGAAGAAGAAGCCCUUCAUGAUGGAAGAAGAGGGGGGUGAAGGGGCAGCUGAUGAGCCCCAGCCUGAGGCCAAGGAGGCCGAGGUGGAUGGUGGCGAGGAGAAAGACCUGGACUUCGAUGAUGAUGAUGAGGGGAGGAGAAAAGACAUGUCAGAUGAUCUGGAUGAUCUCAAUUUCUUCAACCAGAAGAAGAAGAAAAAGAAAACCAGGAAAGACAAGAUAUUUGAAAAUGAGUUGGAAGAGGGAGUGAAGGAGCUGAAGAUUGAAGAAGAACCUUCUGAGAUGCCAGAGGAUGAUGACUUUUUGCUGCCGGCCAAGAAGAAGAGGUCCAGAAAGGUGGAUUUCCUGGAGGAUGUGGACAGCCUGAGCAAAGAGGGUGCCCAGGAGGAUGAGGAGAACAAAAACAAUGAUGACAUCAUGUUCAGCACACAGACAGGCCCAGAGUGGGCCGGAUCAGAGAGAGACUACACAUAUGAUGAGCUCCUGAUCCGGGCCUUUAACAUCAUGCGAGAGAAGAACCCUGACAUGGUUGCCGGGGAGAAAAGGAAGUUUGUGAUGAAGCCGCCUCAGGUGGUCCGGGUGGGCACGAAGAAGAGCUCCUUUGUUAACUUCGUAGACAUCUGCAAAUUAUUGCAUCGACAGCCUAAACAUCUAUUGGCCUUCUUACUGGCUGAGUUGGGAACAAGUGGAUCUAUAGACGGGUGUAAUCAGCUCAUCAUCAAAGGCAGAUUCCAACAGAAACAGAUAGAGAAUGUCUUAAGAAGAUAUAUAAAGGAGUAUGUGACUUGCCAUACGUGCCGCUCUCCAGACACCAUCUUGCAGAAGGACACUCGGCUGUACUUCCUGCAGUGCGAGACGUGCCACUCCCGCUGCUCCGUGGCCAGCAUCAAGACCGGCUUCCAGGCCGUCACUGGCAAGCGGGCACAGCUAAGGGCCAAAGCCAACUAAUCCCCCCAACCCCACCGCCUUUUUUCCCUCCAUCACCUCCAGGUGUGGGGGAGAGCAUGUGGCUGGGCUGGGCUUUUUAUGGACUGUUGAUGGAUUCAUUACUUCUGCCUUGCCUACAACAACAGUGUCUAAAAAAAGAAAAAGGAAUCAAUAAAAUGCUUAUCAGUUGGA